CGGAAGAGGGGUUUUGUGCCCUUCCAUUCAACGGGUGUUGUGUUAAGCAGAGCUAGUCGGGCUUGUGAUGCAAACCAGCUCACAGACAUAACUGGAGUGUCGGAGUUCUCACAGCAGUCUGGCCUGUUUUACCAAGAAGCGUUUGUGUCGGACUGCGCUUCCGCCAUGUUGAGCUGAUUCAAGUUGUGUGUGACUGCUGGGACCGAGGUGACAAGCCCCAGAAACCGGACUAGAUAGAGAUAGGGGGCUGUUACCGCGCCGGUGACGCAGGAAAAACACCCAGAAGCGGAGGAAAAAAACGGUGGAAUUAGAUUUUUUCUAGUAACAGGCUUGGUGCCCUGCGAAACUACCACUAAUAUAGGCCGCGUUUAUGUAAUAUACGACGACACAAUCGCUGGAGACUGGACGUAUCCCGUGAAUAGUGGGGAAGUCAUAUCAAAUUCCUGGUUAUGCAAUGGUCUCAGCGGUACGCCCAGAUCUCCAGGUGCUUGCGACCCUCUCUCGUGUGUUCGGGCUCUCUUCCCUCUGCCAUACAGCUGAGGUGGCUGUAAUUUCCCUACUGGCCAGCACUCCCUAAGAGGCCAAGAUUGCCAAGAUCUGCCCUGUGGCGAGCAUGACGGCCACCACGCGUGGCUCUCCGGUGGGGGGCAAUGACAGUCAGGGCCAGGGCCAGGCACCUGAUGCUCAGAGCCAACCCCCACUGCCACAGAACCAGACUUCAUCCCCUAAUUCAUCUAAUGAGAACUCACCUGUUAGCCCACCAGAAGAGCAGGGCCAGGGCGGGGGACCCCCCCAGCUGGAAGAAGAAGAGCCUGCCUUUCCUCACACUGACUUGGCAAAGCUUGAUGACAUGAUUAACAGGCCUCGAUGGGUGGUUCCAGUUUUGCCAAAAGGAGAGUUAGAAGUCCUCUUGGAAGCUGCUAUAGACCUCAGUAAAAAAGGACUGGAUGUGAAAUGUGAGGCAUGCCAGAGGUUUUUCAGGGAUGGUCUGACCAUUUCCUUCACAAAAAUCCUGACGGACGAGGCGGUCAGCGGCUGGAAGUUUGAGAUACAUAGGUGUAUCAUUAAUAACACACACCGUUUGGUGGAGCUGUGUGUGGCCAAGCUCUCUCAGGACUGGUUCCCACUGCUGGAGCUGUUGGCCAUGGCCCUUAACCCCCACUGCAAGUUCCACAUUUACAAUGGCACACGGCCCUCUGAGACCGUCCCAGCUGGAGCACAGCUGGCUGAUGACGAGCUCUAUGCCCGUCCUCCUGACCCUCGAUCCCCCAAGGGCUGGCUGGUUGAUUUAAUAAACAAAUUUGGCACGUUAAACGGGUUUCAAAUUUUGCACGAGCGCUUCAUGAGUGGCCAAGCACUGAACGUCCAGAUCAUUGCUGCACUUAUCAAGCCUUUUGGCCAGUGUUAUGAGUUCCUCACAUUGCACACAGUGAAGAAGUACUUCCUUCCAGUCAUCGAGAUGGUUCCUCAGUUUCUAGAGAAUCUCACGGACGAAGAGCUGAAGAAAGAGGCCAAGAAUGAAGCAAAAAACGACGCACUGUCAAUGAUAAUCAAGUCUCUGAAGAAUCUGGCUUCCCGUGUACCAGGGCAGGAGGAGACUGUGAAGAAUUUAGAGAUUUUUAGGUUAAAAAUGAUUCUUAGGUUAUUACAAAUUUCUUCUUUUAAUGGCAAAAUGAAUGCACUAAAUGAAGUUAACAAGGUGAUCUCAAGUGUCUCCUACUACACUCAUCGGCAUAACCCAGAGGAGGAGGAAUGGCUGACGGCGGAGCGCAUGGCGGAAUGGAUCCAGCAAAACCACAUCCUUUCUAUUGUGCUUAGGGACAGUUUGCAUCAGCCGCAGUACGUUGAGAAGCUGGAGAAGAUCCUUCGCUUCGUUAUAAAAGAAAAGGCUCUAACCAUGCAGGAUUUGGACAACAUCUGGGCUGCACAGGCUGGUAAGCAUGAGGCCAUUGUGAAGAACGUCCAUGAUCUCCUGGCCAAGCUGGCAUGGGACUUCUCACCUGAGCAGCUGGAUCAUCUUUUUGACUGCUUCAAGGCAAGCUGGACCAAUGCUAGCAAGAAACAGAGGGAAAAACUGCUUGAGCUUAUCCGGCGCUUGGCAGAGGAUGAUAAGGAUGGUGUAAUGGCCCAUAAGGUCCUCAACCUGCUCUGGAACCUGGCGCACAGUGAUGAUGUCCCUGUAGACAUCAUGGAUCAGGCUCUUAGCGCUCACAUCAAGAUCCUGGACUACAGCUGCUCACAGGACAGAGACACGCAAAAGAUUCAGUGGAUUGAUCGCUUCAUAGAAGAGCUUCGUACCAAUGAUAAGUGGGUUAUCCCUGCCUUGAAGCAAAUCAGGGAAAUCUGUAGCCUCUUUGGGGAAGCUCCUCAAAACCUCAGAAAGAAAAUGCCAAUUAACAUACAAACGAACUUAGUGGGUCAAACGCAGAGAAGUCCCCACGUGUUUUACCGCCACGAUCUGAUAAACCAGCUGCAGCACAACCAUGCGCUAGUCACCUUGGUGGCCGAGAACCUCUCGGCCUACAUGGAGACCAUGAGGCAGUUGUCUAAAGAAGAACAAGCCGAGUUUGACCCUCAAACGGUCCGACCAGGAAGCCGUUACAGUCACGUCCAGGAAGUGCAGGAGCGACUUAAUUUCUUGAGGUUUCUGUUGAAAGAUGGCCAGCUGUGGCUUUGUGCUCCUCAGGCUAAGCAGAUCUGGAAGUGUCUAGCUGAGAACGCAGUGUUUCUCUGUGACCGUGAGGCCUGCUUCAAAUGGUACUCGAAGCUAAUGGGGGAUGAACCCGACCUGGAUCCAGACAUCAACAAGGACUUCUUUGAGAACAAUGUGUUGCAGUUGGAUCCAUCCCUUCUCACAGAAAAUGGCAUGAAGUGCUUUGAGAGGUUCUUCAAGGCUGUCAACUGCAGGGAGGGCAAGCUGGUAGCCAAACGCAAGGCCUACAUGAUGGAUGACCUGGAGCUAAUCGGCUUGGACUAUCUGUGGAGGGUGGUAAUUCAAGGAAGUGACGAUAUUGCAAACCGAGCCAUAGACCUGCUUAAAGAGAUCUACACCAAUCUGGGACCAAAGCUUCAAGUCAACCAGGUUGAGAUUCAUGAGGAUUUCAUCCAGUCCUGUUUUGACCGUCUGAAGGCGUCCUAUGACACUCUCUGCGUGUUGGACGGAGACAAGGACAGCAUCAACUGUGCUCGGCAAGAGGCCAUCCGUAUGGUGCGAGUUCUCACUGUGCUUAAGGAAUAUAUCAAUGAGUGCGACAGUGACUACCACGAGGAGAGGACUAUACUGCCUAUGUCAAGAGCUUUCCGGGGCAAGCAUAUCACAUUGAUUGUCCGCUUUCCAAACCAAGGACGUCAGGUGGAUGAUUUAGACAUCUGGUCACACACCAAUGACACUAUCGGUUCGGUCAGGCGGGGAAUCCUAAACAGAAUAAAGGCCAACGCUGCACACACAAAGAUUGAGCUGUUUAUAGGCGGGGAGGUCGUCGAUCCUGCUGAUGACAGGAAGCUGAUUGGACAGCUGAACUUGAAGGACAAAACGCUGAUCACGGCCAAGCUGACCCAGGUGAGUGCCAACAUGCCCUCGAGUCCUGACAGCUCAUCUGACUCAUCCACUGGCUCCCCUGGUAACCACGGGAACCACUACAGUGAUGGGCCUAACCCAGAAGUUGAAAGUUGUCUUCCUGGGGUGAUUAUGUCGCUACAUCCGCGCUACAUCUCCUUCCUGUGGCAAGUAGCCGAUCUUGGCUGCAACCUUAACAUGCCUCAACUUAGAGAUGGAGCUCGAGUCCUCAUGAAGCUCAUGCCUCCAGAUAACACCACAGUGGAGAAUCUCCGAGCUGUGUGUCUGGACCACGCCAAGCUUGGGGAGAACAGCCUGAGUCCUUCACUGGACUCCCGUUUCUUCGGACCCUCACCUUCACAAGUGCUCUACCUCAUUGAGGUUGUGUAUGCUUUGCUGAUGCCAGCUAGUGCCACACUGGGCGAGGAUGCCAGUGACUUCCAAUAUAACUUCCUGAAGAGCGGUGGUCUGCCUCUGGUGCUAAGCAUGCUCACCAGAAACAACUUCCUUCCAUCUGCGGACAUGGAGACACGCAGAGGGGCUUACCUCAAUGCUCUGAAGAUCGCCAAGCUCCUCCUGACUGCCGUCGGCUUCGGACACGUGAAGGCUGUGGCUGAGGCUUGCCAACCCAAUGCUGAUGGAAAUAUUCCUGUCUCUCCGAUAAAUCAGGCUACUCAUGACCAGGCAUUGGUUCUUCAGAGCGCCCUGCAAAACAUUCCCAACCCUGCCUCAGAAUGUAUGUUGCGAAAUGUAGCUAUCCGUCUGGCCCAGCAGAUUUCUGAUGAGAAUUUCUUCCAGGCAUCGAAGUACAUCCCAGACAUUUGCGUGAUCCGAGCGGUGCAGAAAAUCGUGUGGGCAUCGGGCUGUGGUACAGUGCAACUGGUCUUUAGCAACAAUGAGGAAAUCAGUAAAAUAUAUGAGAAGACGAACGCAGCGAAGGAGCCGGAUGGAGAGGAUGAGCAGGUGUGCUGCGAGGCUCUGGAGGUGAUGACUCUGUGUUUUGCUCUCAUGCCGACGGCUCUUGACACGCUAAGUAAGGAGAAGGCUUGGCAGACCUUCAUCAUAGACUUGUUGCUACACUGCCAUAGCAAAUCUGUGCGUCAAAUGGCCCAAGAGCAGUUUUUCCUGAUGGCAACAAGGUGCUGCAUGGGGCAUCGGCCUCUUCUUUUCUUUAUUACCCUCCUCUUCACCGUGCUGGGGAGCACAGCCAAAGAGCGAGCCAAACACGCAGGGGACUACUUCACUUUGCUCCGACAUUUGCUGAACUACGCCUACAACAGUAACAUCAACCUGCCAAACGCCGAGGUGCUGCUCAACAACGAGAUCGACUGGCUGAAAAGAAUUCGGGAUGAGGUUAAGAGGACAGGAGAGACUGGGGUGGAGGAAACCAUAUUGGAGGGCCACCUUGGCGUCACCAAAGAGCUCCUAGCCUUCCAGACGCCUGAAAAGAAAUACUACAUCGGGUGUGAGAAGGGAGGAGCCAAUCUCAUUAAAGAGCUGAUUGAUGACUUCAUCUUCCCAGCGUCUAAUGUUUACCUGCAGUACAUGAAGAGUGGGGAGUUCCCCACAGAGCAGGCCAUCCCAGUGUGUAGCACGCCUGCUUCCAUCAAUGCCGGCUUCGAGCUGCUGGUUGCCCUGGCUGUGGGCUGCGUCCGCAACCUCAAACAAAUAGCAGACACUCUGACAGACAUGUACUAUUUGGGUUGUGAGACACUGACAGAGUGGGAGUAUUUGCCCCCUGUCGGACCGCGGCCGAACAAAGGCUUUGUGGGGCUGAAGAACGCCGGAGCUACAUGCUAUAUGAACUCUGUCAUCCAGCAGCUUUACAUGAUCCCUCCAAUCCGCAACGGCAUCUUGGCCAUCGAGGGCACCGGGACGGACGUGGACGAUGACAUGUCUGGUGAUGAGAAGCAGGAGAAUGAGAGCAACGUAGAUCCUCGUGAUGAAGUUUUUAGCUACCACCACCAGUUUGAUGAUAAACCCUCCAGUAAGUCAGAGGACAGGAAGGAGUACAACAUCGGAGUGUUGCGUCACCUACAGGUUAUCUUUGGCCACCUGGCUGCAUCCAGACUGCAGUACUACGUACCGAGGGGCUUCUGGAAACAGUUCAGAUUAUGGGGAGAGCCGGUGAACUUGAGGGAACAGCAUGACGCUUUGGAGUUCUUCAACUCUUUGGUGGACAGUUUGGAUGAAGCUUUAAAAGCUUUGGGUCACCCUCCCAUGCUCAGCAAGGUGCUUGGAGGAUCCUUUGCAGACCAAAAGAUUUGUCAAGGGUGUCCCCAUAGAUAUGAGUGCGAGGAGUCAUUUACAACGUUAAAUGUAGACAUCAGAAACCACCAGAACCUGUUGGACUCAAUGGAGCAGUAUGUUAAAGGGGAUCUGCUUGAAGGAGCCAAUGCCUACCACUGUGAGAAGUGUAAUAAGAAGGUGGACACAGUGAAGCGCCUGCUGAUCAAGAAACUGCCCCCUGUCCUGGCCAUCCAGCUGAAGCGCUUCGACUAUGACUGGGAGAGGGAGUGUGCGAUCAAAUUUAACGACUACUUUGAGUUCCCACGGGAGCUGGACAUGGAGCCGUACACGGUGGCAGGUGUGGCCAAGCUGGAGGGCGACGACGUCAACCCGGAGAACCAGGUGAUCCAGCAGAACGAGCCAUCGGAGCCCACGCCGCCCGGCAGCUCCAAGUAUCGUCUGGUGGGAGUGCUGGUUCACUCCGGCCAGGCGAGUGGCGGACAUUACUAUUCCUACAUCAUCCAGCGGAACGGUGGGGACGGCGAAAAGAACCGCUGGUAUAAGUUUGACGACGGCGACGUGACGGAAUGCAAGAUGGAUGACGAGGAGGAGAUGAAGAACCAGUGCUUUGGGGGGGAAUAUAUGGGGGAGGUGUUUGAUCAUAUGAUGAAGAGAAUGUCUUAUCGGAGGCAAAAGCGAUGGUGGAACGCAUACAUCCUGUUCUACGAACGCAUGGACUCACUGGACAAGGACAGCGAACUCGUCAAGUACAUCUCAGAGCUGAGCCUCUCCUCCAGCAAACCGCAUCAGGUCAAAAUGCCGAACGUCAUCGAGUGCAGCGUCCGCAAGCAGAACGUCCAAUUCAUGCACAACCGCAUGCAAUACAGCCUGGAAUAUUUCCAGUUCAUUAAGAAACUUCUGACCUGUAACAGUGUCUAUUUAAACCCUCCUCCAGGACAAGACCACCUUCUACCAGAGGCUGAGGAGAUUUCUAUGAUUAGUGCUCAGCUGGCUGCUAGGUUCCUGUUCAGCACAGGUUUCCACACAAAGAAAGUAGUAAGGGGUCCUGCCAGUGACUGGUAUGACGCCCUUUGCAUCCUGCUGAGACACAGUAAGAAUGUACGCUAUUGGUUUGCACACAAUGUCCUCUUUGCUUACCCCAAUCGCUUCUCCGAGUACUUGCUGGAGUGCCCCAGUGCCGAGGUCCGCGGGGCGUUCGCCAAGCUCAUAGUCUUCAUUGCUCACUUUUCCUUGCAAGACGGGCCGUGCCCCUCCCCCACAGCCUCGCCGGGACCUUCAGCUCAGGGCUGUGAUAACCUCAGCCUUAGUGACCACCUGUUGAGAGCUGUUCUCAACCUGCUCAGAAGGGAGGUUUCUGAACAUGGCCGCCACCUGCAGCAGUACUUUAACCUCUUUGUCAUGUAUGCCAACCUGGGCCUGGCAGAGAAGACUCAGCUGCUGAAGCUAAAUGUUCCCGCCACUUUCAUGUUGGUUGCUCUGGACGAGGGUCCUGGCCCCCCCAUUAAGUACCAGUACGCUGAGCUGGGCAAGCUCUACACUGUGGUCUCUCAGCUUGUCCGCUGCUGUGACGUUUCUACACGUAUGCAGUCCUCAAUCAAUGGUAACCCUCCCCUCCCUAACCCAUAUGGGGACACCAACCUCACAGCUCCCGUCAUGCCUGUGCAGCAGCUAGUGGCGGAGAUUUUGUUUGUGAGGACUAGCUACGUGAAGAAGAUCAUUGAAGACUGCAGCAACUCGGAGGAGACGGUGAAGCUGCUUCGCUUCUGCUGCUGGGAGAACCCCCAGUUUUCCUCCAUUGUGCUCAGUGAGCUGCUCUGGCAGGUGGCAUAUUCCUACACCUAUGAGCUGAGGCCUUAUCUUGACUUGUUGCUACAAAUCCUUCUCAUCGAGGACUCCUGGCAAACGCACAGGAUCCACAAUGUGCUGAAAGGCAUCCCUGACGACAGAGAUGGGCUCUUUGACACCAUUCAGCGCUCCAAGAACCACUACCAGAAAAGGGCUUAUCAGUGCAUCAAGUGCAUGGUGGCUCUCUUCAGCAACUGCUCCGUGGCUUAUCAGAUCCUACAGAGCAAUGGUGAUUUGAAGCGAAAGUGGACAUGGGCAGUGGAGUGGUUAGGGGAUGAGCUGGAGAGGAGGCCUUACACAGGAAACCCCCAGUACACCUACAACAACUGGUCACCUCCUGUUCAGAGCAACGAGACCUCCAAUGGAUAUUUUCUGGAGCGCUCCCACAGUGCACGCAUGACACUGGCCAAGGCUUGUGAACUCUGUCCUGAAGAGCUCAAGUGUACUCAGGAAAGCCCAGGGAAGGAGCCUGAUGAACAGGAAGCACCUGAUGAUCAAGACUCCUCUCCUCCUGAGGACACCUCUCUGUACCCUCAUUCUCCUGGAACCGCCCAGUUCCAGCAGAACAACCACCCUCAUGGGCAGCCGUACACCGGGCCCGCUGCUCAGCACAUGAACAACCCCCAACGUCCCGGUCCUGCCUCCGCGCCGACUCCAGGCCCGACCCAGACUCCGACUCCCGGCCCCGGUACCGCUCCCAGCUCGGGGCCACGAGCACAAGAGAACUGGGAGGGCACUGAGGAGGUUGCCCCCGCCCCGACCUCCACCCCAGCACCCGCCCCGCCUAAGGAGUAACCUCGCCCCUCCCCAUCCCUUCUGCUGUGCCUCGAGCCUCCAUCGUCCUGCUCACCUUCCUCUCAUCCUUCGGUCAACAGGCACCUCACCGGGCCUCUCUGUCUGUCUCUCGCCGGCCCCAAGGCCAGGGCAGAGCCGGGCCUCACACCACCACCCCUCUCCAGGCCGCCUGUAGGAGGUGCUCUUCCCUGGCCUGGAGCUGCCUGAGCGCGUGACAGGGGGCCUGCUUGGCGACUACAGAGGCGAAGGAGCGGACAAGAGUUUGAAUAUAAACAAAAAUUACCCAGAGCCGACGAUGCUGAUGCGCUUAUCUACACAACGAAAAGGUGUAAAUAGUAUGUUAAUGUUUCUGACUGUUCAGAUUCCCAAGUAGCAUUUAACUCGGUGUGGGUUGCUGUUGGGAGACGUUGCAGAUAUGAAAAACAAAAUGGAUACUAUAAAUAAGAAAAGGUCCCAAAAAAAACUUUAAAAAAACUUAAAAAAAUAAAAAAACGAAACAACUCCUGCUCUUUGUUUUAUCACCCAUGCUCUGCAGUAAAGUUUGUCCUGCCAUCGGACGUCGUCUGGUCAUUCAACUUGUCGAAGGACUAAUUGUUAUCAUAAUUCUAAUAAUUCUACUUAAGCUCCUUGGCAACCUUAUAACCCAUGCCAAAUCGACUCACAAGCUGUGGUUUGUUUUAGUGUGAGAUAAGGAACGGUUGGGUGGACUUUAUACGGUGUUCGGUUGAUGUGAAAAAGCAGUGAUGCAACAUUGUUCUGAAACUCAUUGCCUUUCUUUUUUUUCCCCCUGUUUGUUUGUUCUGGUUCUUACUUCAGACCUUUUUGAAGCUCUAGUUAAUAAUGCUGUAACAUUUAGCAUGGCUUCUCACCAGAUUAGUGUAGCCCAAGGGAAGACUUGUGUUCAUAACAACCUGAAGCUGUUCUUAAUCCAAACCUCCACAGGGGGGUGCUGUUUACCCUUAGGUUUUUUUUCUUUUGUUUUCUACUCAUCUUCCCCUAUGUACAACGAGGGCGGUAUUUUCAAACCAAUGUAUAAGUGGCUUUUCAAUUGAACAUUGUAAUCCUCCAACUCCACAUUUGGCAGUCUUUUUUUGGUGGGUUAGACAGCUUAGCUUUCAUCUAUAGGAAUACAGAAACACAAACGUAUGCAACAGGAUUGCUGCAGCGGGCUCUCUGGUGUGUUAGACCGUGUGGUUUGCUUCUAUCUCUUCUAUAGAGCAUAGAUGUAGACGGACUCAUCGGCCAUCAGCUUCCUCUCUUCCGUGGAGCUGGGUCAGGCUGGCGUCCGGCUGCGGUUGGGAGGGGACGAUCCCGAACAGCCGCCGGCCCCCCCACGCUCUCCUCGCUCCACUGCGUGAAGCUCCCACAGCAGGGUUUUUUUAAGAGGCCGGUUAAUCUUGUUGCAACUUGAGCUAACUUGUAAUUCUGUAGGAGUAAAAGGUAAACAUCAGUAAAUACUGUAUUUAAUUGGUAACUUGAAUGCGUGUAUUUUUUGAAUUUCUUUUUUGUCUAAAACAUACCAAAUACUCCUGCAAAUGAAAAUAUUCUGCCCACCGUAUUAUAUUUAAAUAUUUUGCUCUUAUUUUAUAGAAUUUAUUUUGUUGUAUUUCACUAAAAAUAGAAUUUGAUUUAAGAGGAACAUUUUUGUCCUUGUGUUAUUUUUAAAGAAGAUAUUGACUGUACAGAGUUCUGCGCCCUGUUUUUUGCCGACUUUUGUUUUGGCCAUGGUGUGACGUUGAAUUCUGGAGCUACAGUCGCGAUGUGGACUUUCACUUUGUGAGGUUUUUUUUUGUGCACAGAAAUAUAACAAAAAAAAAAGCAUUGCGCCCUUAGCAAAUAAAGAACAUGGAAUCUUG